GGGAUACUGAGCUUUAUCAUCUUCAGAAGGCACUGUAAACCUCUACCAGCCCCCAUCUCCCCUGGUGGAGAUGGUUGGUGGGGAUACUGGGCUUUGUGGCCAUGCUUUUCCUCUUCCCUCCCCCUCGCUCUUUCCUCUCUAGAGGCCACUCGGCCCCUGGGACCCCGCAAGCGGAAGCGGACCACCUUCAGCCGGGGCCAGCUGAGUGAGCUGGAGAGGGUCUUUGCCGCCUUGCCCUACCCAGACAUUGGUACCCGGGAGCGCCUGGCCGAACUGACCCAGCUGCCAGAGGCCAAGAUCCAGGUCUGGUUCCAGAACCGCCGUGCCCGCAGGAUCAAGACGGCGGGUGGGCUCCGGCGAUCAGUCCCCAAAGCGGCCCGUCCGGGGGCCUCUGUCCUUCUUGAGGGUCAAACCUCCUUCGACUCAAAUCCUUCUGUGCCCCAUUUCUUUGGCUGGGGGGACGAAAAGGAGGUUGCGGCCAUCACUGCUCCUGCGCAGCCUUCUUCGUGUUGGCCUCCUGCAAACUCCAUCCAGGAAGAGGAAGAGGAAGAGGAAGGAGAGGCCACCGCUGCGGCUUGGGCCACCUUGACCGGUGGGUGGGAGGCCUUCCCAGCCCCUCCGACUUCCCUGGGGUCCAUUUCAGAGCUCAUCUACAGCGCCGCUCUGGUUGCUAACUUGGGAGAGCUCUAGUGCGGCCCCUCAAGAAGAGGAGGGGGAGUGCUGGCUGGGGUCCGAUAAGGUCACUUUGGCAGGGAUUGGAGGCCGACAGUGCCAAAAAAUCUCCCUUUGGGAUAGAGGACUGCAGAAUCCCCCAGCUGACUUUGAGGCUUCUCGUCCCCCCCCCUUACAAAAAAGGGAGCUUUCUUACACUCUGGCUUCCAAAGAAGCACAAGGCUGGAGUUUGAGGUUACAAAACACAUAGGAUUACCGGAGUAUUU